UGUCAACUGUCAAUGUCAAUGUUAAAAUCACAUUUAAUUUUGGUGUUUUCUAAUUUUGUACUCGAAUUGAAAAUGAAUAUUCAAUAACCCAAUUUAAGUUCAUCUACAAUCUGCUAUAGUUUUUAAAUUGGGCAUAUCAUACGCUACAACCAAAUGCAUACAUAAAUGAAGACCCAUCGGAAGCCGACCGGUAACAUCAUGAGGAAGUACUAUCAGCUGAUCCUUGUAGUGGUGUGUUUUAUAAGCAUUAUCACACUUCUCAUUUAUCGGCACGAGUAUUAUCGUCUCCGGUAUGUUUUGGAAGUGCUCAACUUCUUCGGCAAGCCGGGAUUGUCAGAGGUGGAGUUUUGCGGUCCCGGAUUCAACGCCACGAUGUUGUCGGAAAUACUUCGAAAUUCGUCCAUGGAGGUACGGGAAACUCCCCCUCUAUUCCAGCAAAUCGACGACAAUUUUUAUUCCUAUUCAUCCUUUUUACGAUCGUACAAUAAAUAUGAAAAAUUAACACCGCUCUAUGCUCACGUUAUUAACACUAUAGUUAUUGGUAAAGCGAACGUUGUGCCGAAUUUCCGUUGCAACGUGUGGCUCGAAAAUAGUUCUAAAUCAAAAGCGGGCAGAUUCAACUACAAAUUGGCCUCUGAACCUAUCAAUGAUCAUCGUUUGUUCAUCUUUGAGUGCUCAUUGGGCAAAAAUUUUGGCAAACCGACGGGCGUUAGUUUCUAUGUUAACGAUUACAACAUAAAUCCUAUGCAUGCACCAAUAAUUAAACUUAUACAAGUUAAUACUAAGAGAAAGGCCCGUGAGAGUGGUAGUAUUAAAUUUGUUAACAAUAUAGAGCCUGCUGUGUGUGUGAUCCCAAAUCAUGUGCCCAUAGUUUCCAGAGAUGUGUUUAUUGAAUUUCUUGUGUUCCACCACAUUCUUGGCAUUGAUUACUUCACUAUAUAUGACAGCAUGAUAUCAGAGGACGUCAUAAGGAGAUUGAAUUUGUUCCCAACCGAUAUUACACAAUGGCAAAUACAAUUUUUUCCUUUAAAUUAUCCUUUUGUGUUUUCCAAGUCAUAUGAUAUUGUGAGAAAUGCAAUAGAACUUGACUGUCUAUUCAGACAUUUCAGAUAUGACAAAGAAGAGUCUAACAAAGUCAGCCAUGUUGUUAUUCUGUCAUGGGAUGAGUUCCUGGUACCGAGAGUCCAUACCAACCUCAAAGCAAUGUUGGAUGACUUCGACCCAACAAGGUCACUAAGAACUUAUGUUGUACAGUCACAAGUAUUCUGCCUCAACCAAAUGGACGAUGACAAUGCAGAACUUGGUUAUCCGGAUAUAAUGAAAAAAACCCAUUACUAUACAAUGCCACAGGAAAAAGUACCAAUAAAUAUAAGAAAUUUAGACACUAUGACAUCAUUUGAUGAUCUCUUUGAUUUAAGUAAGAAUAGCAAAAAUAUACCUUUAGAAUUACUAGGAGCACAUAAGUACAGUGUAUGUAGAGAUCAGAAGAAAUUCCAACCAGAUGGUUACAAUGAAACAGAGAUGCAAGUGUUUCCACAUAAAUUUGAAGGUGCCAUGAUCAAAUUUGGACAGUCUUUAGUUAGCAAUAAGAUCUACAGAUUAUACAGAUCGGGUCAGAUAUGGGAGAAGACUUCUAAUGAAAAUGUUAGAGAUAUGUUGUAAGUUGGUUAGUGAAGUUUUUAUUAUGUAAGUGCUAGUACCAUAUCAAAUAUUUAGGAUGUAUAAAUGAGGGCACAGUAUUAUUGAAAUGAAUAUUCAAUGUUGGUCUAGAAUAAUUUAUUAGAGUGCCUGGCAAUACAAGUAUUUUAUUUAUUUUAUUAUUUUUUUAAUUCUCAGUUAUUUUAUAUAAGAUAGAGUUGCAAUUUUAUAGUCAAUAUUCUUUUUUUGUAACUCAAAGAACAGUUAGCAGGCCCAAGAUGUGCCAAGAGAAUAAGAUAACUUUGUCUACAUAUUAUGUUCUCUCUUGACCCAUUGCAACAUUUCUUUUAUUGUUAUGAGAUGAAAGAGACAGCUAUACUCAAAAAGAUCUUACAUCUUUGGUCUGCCCAUAAACCUGCCCAUAAAUCUAAAAUUCAAAAUCAUUUCAGCUUUAUCAACUACAGUUAUUGUGAAUAAAUGAAGUUGAAUCAAUUUAUAACAACAGGCAGAUGCUAAUCAUGUUGUAUGUAUAGCCUGACCAAAAGCCAUGCAGAUGCUGAAUUGUGGAAAAAAGAAACUAAUAUCUACCUUUUUUUUUCAUUAAACUGGCUUUACAACUCUUGAGUUCUAGCUCUUUCGACCAUUUAGCAUAGUAAUGCUAAAUAAAAAGAAAUUAGAGUCUCAAAACACACAAUGAUGAGCAUCUUGUGGCCCCUUUCCAGGUUUUUUUUUUAUAUUUCUGGUCAUUUUGUACAUUAAAAAUUUCUUGUAACAUUAAAAUAAAACCAUUGUCAUAUUAAAAUUGGUCUCAAAGGCUGAUGUAUUUUAUAAAAAAAUUCACAGUUGUCAUAUUCCAGGAUAUGUACUAAAUAUAAUUGUUAAAAAUUAGUUGUUUCUUUGUUUAAAAUGUUAAAUCAUAAACAUGUUGUUAAAAGAUAUUUCAUAGAGACUUAUUUUAUUUAUUUGUGAUUGUAGAAAUAAGUUACAUUUAUUUGUAAGCAUAUAACAUGACAGUUUUGCAGUAAUACCACAAACCGUGAGAUCAUAAUAUCUGUAUAUUGCAUUUAAAAAUAGACCUAAUCAACUUUGUUUUAUAAUUCAUUUUUGAAAGUUAAAUAUUCAACUAUGAAACCAAAGUAAUAUGCUACAAUUCGGCUUUAAGCUUAAAAUUAUUGCUUUUACAGCUAUUACUAUCAGAAUAUUUGUGAUUAGUUAAAAAUUAACUUUGAAACAAUGUUAAUUAGGUACACUUUGGUUUGAUGUAAUAUUUAUUUAAUAGUGUUCCCAAUACUCAGUAGUCUUGCAGACUGCUUUUCUUCAUUUACAGAAAUUCCAAUUUAUUAUUUUAAAUUCUAAUUAGUUAAAAAAGCUAAUGUUAAUUCUUCAUAAUAUGUCUUUAGAAGUUAGUAGUUGCUUUUUUGUUUUUCUGAUUAUACAUGCUGUAUCCAUAAUGGGACAACAGCAAUGUCACUGGGGGUUUUGGGGCAAGCGCAGAAUCAUCAUCUGAUGAUGCCAAAAGGCUUAACGUUUAGAAAAAGGUGGAAUGACUCUCUAAGAUGGUCUCCUCUGAAGCUGCAUAUGUUAUAGCAAUAGUUUAUAGUUAUAUAGAAGAUUAGAUAUUGAAUUUUCCAUUGAAUUAUUACUUUGAUAUUGUUAGGAUUGUCUGUUAGAGCAAUAGGAAAGUUGUGCCUUGUUUAUAUGAGGGUAGUUAGCUAGUUUUUAAUAUUAUCAAGUUUGUUACUGCUGUGCUAUUCUCUAACUACUGUCCAUAUCGCGAAGAAUUCUUAGGCGGGCGGCUUCACUUUUUGCAACUCUUUAAAUAAUUAUCAUAAUUCAAUCGAUAUAAAUAAAACCUUGACAAAUUAUAUAACUACAUAGAUCUUCACCAUUAAACGAACUAACAGACGGACAGACGACGGAGGACAUUGUUUUAUAUUUAUAAUAUUACUAGCGGACGCCCGCGACUUCGUCCGCGUGGAAUUCAGUUUUUCACAAAUCCCGCGGGAACCAUGGAUUUUUCCGGGAUAAAAAGUAGCCUAUGUGUUAAUCCAGAGUAAAAUCUAUUUCCAUUCCAAAUUUUAGCCAAAUCGCUUAAGUAGCCGCAGCGUAAAAGAGGAAAAACAUACUUACACACAAACUUUCACCUUUAUAAUAUUAGUGUGUGAUGUACAUUACAAUAUUUUGUAAUAGGGUACAUUUCGUGAUAUAUCUUGCUUUCUAAUUUCUAUGUAAAAUUUUGCCGAUGUAUCAACGUUGCAGCUUAGCCUCACUGUUGAUGUGUGGAUUUAGAUGUGUGGUUUUAGAGAAUAGCACCAGGUAAAUGAAAUGGUAUGAAAAGUAAAAGUUAAUCUUGCUUAUGAUAUAUAAUAUUAUUAACACAUUUAAGACUGCUUGUUUGAAUUAAUCACGUUGUAGUUAAUUAUAGGUAUAUCUACUAAUAUAUAUAAUGGAUCAAGUUAUAUUUAAGGAGCAUUUCCAUUUGCCGUAGCCAGAGGUCAUGCUUAUGAAUUAGCCCACUAAGGGUUAUUCUAAUGACGUGAUAAUUUUAUGAUAAUUCAGCCCACUUUAUUUCGUAUAGUGAUAUACGAAAUAUUAUAACACUACGUUUAUAAAACGUAACGAUGGCCGAGAGAAUUAAUCGAAUGAGUGAUGAUUGGCGAUGCGAAGAAAAGAUGUCGCACUUCUCCGAUCGAAUUUUCGACCGAAAAUGUUAUUUAUGUAUUUUAAAUUUAUUUACACAUACCAUUACCAUAGAUUUAAAUAUACCUACUCUACCUACCUACAUCUAUCGUGUGCCAAUACCAGUGUCCAGCGCACUGUUAUUGGCACAGCCCGAUGUAGUGUGGAGCCACCUAACUUACAGUUUUUCACGUUUCCACUAACUUCCACUUUCCAAUAAACGCUGUUUAUUAGU